UUUUUUUUAUUGCAUAUACUUGUAUUUGUAGGUAUACUUAUUAUCCUGAAAAUAUAAAAAAAAAAUAAAAAAGGAAAAAAAAAUCAUGUCAUGAAUAUUUUCGGUUUUUAUAAAAUUUUAUGAAAAAUAUAUCUUUUAAUUAUCUAAAAAAAGAAUAAGUUAAUUUUUAGUAAUAAAAACGAAAAAUAAUAAAAAAAAAAAAACAAAAAAUAAGGAUAAUUGCGCAAAACACAUACAUACACACCGGAUAGAUUUAAUGCGAAAAAAAAGUGUAAACGUUGAAUUUUUACUGUCAAUUCUAACGAAGGACUAAAAUUUUAUACGCUGUUUUAUGUAUUUUUCUUUUUUAUUUUUACAUUUAAAGUGGAUAAAAUUCGUUCGAUAGGAUAUAAUUUACAACGUUCAUAUAUCAUAGAAUUUAUAGACGAUUGAUUUAUUAAAUUUGGCACAAAAACUCAUCGAUUAAACUGCAUAGUACAUAUUUCACAAGAUAAUUCAUUACGAUUUUGCAUUAAAAGGAUUUUAAAAACGACAAAUUAUGGGUGAAUUAGAUGAUAAAGAAACUCCACCUCCAUCUGAAAAUCAAACAACUACUGAAUCACAUCAUGAAUCAGAAGAACCUAAGGAAACUGACAAAAUGUUAGAUAUGAAAUCAGAUGACGACAAAAAGAAGAAAUCUAGUGAUAAUUUACAAUCUGCCAAUGAUAAUAAAACUGCCCCAUCAUUAAUAAAAUCUUCAACGCCAGAAAACAAAACUAAAGGAAUCGUUAAUGGAGAGGAAAUUAUUAAUAUCCCUGAAAUUGAAACUAAGGGUACAGAAGGUGGUCGUGAUGGUGGAGGAGAUGACGGAGGCGGUGGAGAUGAUCUCAAUGAUAGUAAAAAAGUUUCAAAAUUGUCUAAGGAAGAUCGCGAGGUUAAACCAAAAAAAAUUCCAAUUGGUGGCAUAAAAAUGCCUGGAUUUUUCACAAAAAUCAAACCACGCGGCGAAGGCGAUGGUGCCGAUGGUGAAUUAUUAGAGAAAGAUAAGGAAACUGAUGAUAAUAAAGAAAACGAAGAGAAACCAAAAGUUGAAGAAAAGAAACCAACAUUUGGCGAUAGAAUUCGUAAUUUCUUUUCUAAAAAACCGAAAAACGAUGAUGUUGAAAAAGCAACUUCGCCAAAUACUGAAGCAAAAACUGAUGAUACACAACAAGCACCAAAAAAGGGACUUUUAAAUGCUAUUAAGCUUCCAAUUGCGAACAUGAUUCCAAAAAAAAAGACUGAAGAUGAUGUUGAAAUGGGAACAGGACCAGGUACGAAGGCUGGAUUAGCAUCAAUGGAGACCUUAGAUGAUUCAUUAAAGGACGCUGAUACUGUUGACAAAGUACCGAUUUCAAAUGAUGACGGUGUUGAUAAAUUAAAAGGAAGCCAGGAAAUUAAACAAAAUGAUGAUAAAGCUAAUGAAGAUGAAGUAUGUGAACAUGUACCACUUAUAGAUAGAAUAAGAGCAUAUAAAUGUUCAAUUGAUGAUAUUUUAAUAGCUAUAGGUGCCCUUCUAUUUAUAAUAUUGUUAAUUGUUAUUGGUGUUGUUCUGUCUUAUGAAAAAAUAACUCAAGCACCAAUUCGUGAAGGUAAAUUUAUAGAUGCUAGUACAAGUUGUGGUAUGGUUGAAGGAUUAAUAGAAGAUAAUACAUAUAUAUUCCGUGGUAUACCAUAUGCUCUUCCUCCGGUUGGUGAAUUGAGAUUCAAAUCAGCACAAUUAAUCACAGAUGUUAAAAAUUGCUGGAAUGGAACUUUAAAGGCACAUAAUGAAACAGAUAUAUGUGCACAAGUCUUAAAUAAUGGAACAAAAAUUGGUGAAGAGGACUGUUUAACAUUAGAAAUUGUUACACCACAUGUAAGAUACGAUAACCCAGUUCCGAUUGUUGUAUUAAUAGGAGUCGAAUCAUUAAUGGGUGGUACUCCAACUGAAUUGAAACUGACUCCACAAGUAGCUAAAAAGGAAGAUGUUAUUUUUGUACGACCAAAUUUUCGAGUUGGACCACUUGGCUUUUUAGCUUUAAAUGUUUUAACGAAAGACACUUAUCCUCAAACUUCUGGUAAUUAUGGUCUUUCGGACAUAAUUGCUGCUUUAAAAUGGAUACAAUUAAAUAUUCACCAUUUUGGUGGUGAUAAGAAUCAAGUAACUCUUCUCGGACAUCAAGCUGGAGGGACUUUAGUUACAGCUUUGGUAACAUCACGUGAAGCAAAAAAUCUAUUUUCUAGAGCUUGGGUUUCAUCUGGUGGAUCAAGAUUCCCUGGAAUUUCAUUAAAGGAAGCGGAGCGAAAAAAUGAACAAUACAUGAGUCAAAUAGAAUGUCAAGACGUUGAUUGCUUAAGAGAUGCCUCUGUGGAACAAAUAUUAGAUGCUACGCCUGACAUCUGGAGACAACACCCAGCCGAUUUACCAAAUAAUGAUGAAGAUAACACGGAAAUUCAUGAAUGGCUUGUAUUAGAUGGAAUCAUUUUGCAAAAAAAUCCAGAAGAUGUUUGGAAAGAACCAUCAGAACAAGGUCAAGACCCUAAAAAACCAAAAUUAGUACUUGGAACAACAGCACACACUAGCCAUAAUAAAUUUCUUUAUAAUAAAUAUACAAAUUGGACUGAAGAUGAAGUUCGUAGACAUGUUGAACAAAGUAAAUUUGGUUUCUUAAAUUUAACAGAUGAAGUAUUAAAUAGUUAUAAUGCCACCUAUAAAGGAUUAAUAUCGAUGGUAUCUGAUAUUAGAACGAUAUGCCCAUUAUAUACAAUUGCUGUAAAACAACAACCAUUUGUACCUUUUUAUGUUGUUCAUCAACCAAAUAAUGAAAUUGGUUUAGCAAAUGUAAAUGCAGAUAUUGAAGCUAUUUUAGGAAGUACAGAAGAUGUUCAAAAUGAAAAUAUUAAAACACCAGAAGAGAAACGUUAUAGUGAAACAAUACGUAAUAUGUUUUAUAAAUAUAUACAACAUGGAACAUUAGAUACACAUCAAGCAAAUAAAAUAAUUAAAAUUGGUCAAGAAUUAACAACAUCAUCUGAAUAUUCACAUUGUAAUUAUUGGAUACAAAAGGAUAUUGUACCACGAUAUGCUCGAAUGGAUUAGGUUUAAACAAAAAAAAAAAAAAUAAAUAUUAAAAUUAUGUGUUUUUUUUUUUUUUUUAAA